UUUUUUUUUUUCUCUUUCAUUUCACUCACAGAAAUGAUAAGGCUUAUAUUGAUAUUUCUCGCAUUGACAACAGUAAUUGGCGGGUUUCGUAUUGGAACAGGUAAAUCAGAUAUUACUGGACCAGUUACACAAGUCAUGAUGAUGGGCUAUGCAGAGCUUGGACAGACCGGUCAAGGUAUCUUGCAACGAUUGUGGGCAAGAGCAUUCAUCAUUGAAGACCCUAAAACAAAAGCUCGGAUUGUCUUUGUCAACACCGAUACUCAAUCCAUGGGAGAUAUCAUCAAGAAAAGAGUUGUCGAAAAGCUCCAAGAGAGAUACGGUCCCAUUUAUACCGAAGGAAAUGUCAUGAUUUCCAGCACUCACUCACAUAGUGGCAUGGGUGGCUAUCUGCAAUAUACUCUGUACGAAAUCUCCGUUUUAGGCUGGAUUGAAGAGACUGCGAAUCCGAUGGUACAAGGAAUUAUGCAGUCUAUCAUAAACGCACAUGACAACCUUGUCGAUGGAUCACUUGCUCUCUCCAGUGGUGAAUUAUUAAACUCAAACAUCAACAGGUCACCCCAAGCUUAUUUAUUGAAUCCAUUUGAAGAAAGAGCAUUAUAUAAACAUGAUGUUGACAAGAACAUGACCGUUUUAAGCUUUAAAAAUAAUCAAGGACAUGAUCUUGGACUAGUGAGCUGGUUUCCUGUCCAUGGUGUGUCUAUCAAUAACACGAAUCGAUUGAUUAAUGGUGAUAAUAAGGGUUAUGCUGCUUAUCUGGUGGAAAGACACAUGAAUAGAAAUAUAUCACCAUCUUUUGUGGCUGCUUUUGCUCAAAGUAACGAAGGUGAUGUUAGUCCAAAUACAUUGGGAUCAUUCUGUACAGGUACUGAUAUUCCUUGUGAUGGAACGCGUGAAUCGAAAUGUCCUAGUGGAAGCAAAUGUAACGGCCGAGGUCCGGGCUGGGAAACGAGUGGUAUUGAAUCGAAUCGAAUUAUUGGAGAGAACCAAGCGCUAAAAGCGUUAGAACUAUAUACAUCCGAAUCAACCCAAGUUGAUGGAACAGUAGACUAUGUUCAAAGAUAUUGGGACAUUACAAAAGCAGUGGUUACCAAUCAUGAUAAGCAGUCGAAACUUUGUGCGGCCGCCAUGGGAUACGCUUUUGCUGCUGGGACAACGGAUGGCCCCGCUUUACAUGGAUUCCAUCAAAAUACAACACAUGGUAAUCUUGGUUGGGACAUUAUCCGUAAUAUAGUCAAGAGACCCAGCGCCAAUCAAAGGCGUUGUCAAGCACCGAAGCCUAUUUUGCUAGAUACAGGGGAAAUGACUUCUUUACAUGCAUGGCAGCCAGAAAUACUCGAUAUUCAGCUGUUCAAGCUGGGUAAUGUAUUUAUCUAUGCCGUUCCGUCAGAAUUUACCACAAUGAGUGGGCGAAGGCUGCAAAUGGCAAUUAAAACCGCUCUAAUUGAAAAUUAUUUGGGAAAUGAAGAUACCAUCGUCAUCCAUUCAGGCCCAGCUAAUGGAUAUGCAUCUUACUGUACAACCUUUGAAGAAUACCAAAACCAAAGAUACGAAGGAGCAUCGACACCCUAUGGUCCAAACACAUUACAAGCAUAUAUUCAAGCCUUCGAGGAGCUGGUCUUCAUGAUGGCAAAUCCAACCAACCACAGCAUUGUAUCUGAAGAAUUACCAGACUACACCAAAAAAUCAUUUAAUCUCACGCCUAUCUACCGGUCAGACCAAUCUCACCUAUUUAGAUCUUUUGGCGAUGUAUUGAGAGACGUCUCUUCCGAUCACUUCACAAAAACCAGUACACCUAUAGUAGUCUCUGCUAGCUUUGUUGCUGGAAAUCCUCGAAACGAUCCCAUGCUGAAUAAAACCUUUCUCACGGUAGAAAAGAAGAUUGCUAAGGAUCAAUGGAAAGUAGUGCGGACAGAUGAUGAUUAUGACACUAGGUUCUCUUGGAAGUAUAAACAUCAAUUACUAGGUACUUCAGAAGCAACCGUAGAAUGGCACGUGGCUCAUGAUGUUGAACCUGGUGUAUACCGGUUGGGAUACAUUGGAAAUAGCAUUGCGCCAUUUAGCAAAAAAUUGACGCCACAUAAGGGCUAUUCGAGGGAGUUUGUUAUUUCCAAUUACUGUUAAUAUUCUAUAUCGUAUAUACAUAAAAACACGACAAUAUUCAUAUAUGACUUUAGUAUCAUAAAAUAUACAUUACAGAUGAAACAUUCCAACGAGAAUCUGUCUCCUAUCAACUGUUUCGAAAUAUAAACAAAAAAAAAGUCUUAAAUCAUGGUUUGAUUUUAAAAAGCUAGAGUCUCCCUCGUAUACACAUUCUCCCCCAGUAAAAUUUAUUCUAAAUGGACCAAGGUUAAAAAACCGACUGUGCAUCAAAGCUCCAUGAUGUAAUGCCGAGAACACAAG